UUCUCACCGUCUUCAACUUGAAGACGGGACGCCAAAUCUCCAAAAUCUGUGGCCAUCUCUUUGUUUGUCUCUGACUCCCUCUCUCUCUCUAACCCCAAAACCCUAGUUGUCGUUUACGUACUGUUAAUUCAUCACGAUAAUCAGUGGACGAAGAGGUAUUUUGGCGAUGAAGGGUGGUUCAGAGACGAAGUUAUUGCAAGAAUUGAUUUUGUACGCAGCGAGCGCCGCUCUCAGCUGCUUGGUGUUGUUCGCUGGACUUCGACACCUCGACCCUAAUCGAGAGGCCUCCAAGAAAGCACUAGAACACAAGAAGGAAAUCGCCAAGCGUUUGGGUCGCCCUCUCAUUCAAACCAACCCUUACGAGGAUGUGAUAGCCUGCGAUGUAAUUAAUCCAGACCACAUUGAUGUGGAGUUCAACUCCAUAGGAGGAUUGAAUACUAUCAAGGAAGCAUUAUAUGAAUUGGUGAUUCUUCCACUACGGAGACCUGAGCUUUUUUGUCACGGGAAGCUCCUUGGUCCACAAAAAGGUGUCUUGUUAUAUGGACCGCCUGGCACCGGAAAGACUAUGCUGGCUAAAGCUAUUGCAAAAGAGUCCAGGGCUGUUUUCAUUAAUGUAAGGGUAUCAAAUCUAAUGAGCAAGUGGUUUGGUGAUGCACAAAAACUUGUUGCUGCUGUAUUUAGCUUGGCCUAUAAACUACAGCCUGCUAUCAUUUUCAUCGACGAGGUGGACAGUUUUUUGGGCCAUCGGAAGACUACAGACCAUGAAGCAUUAACAAACAUGAAGACUGAGUUCAUGGCUCUAUGGGAUGGUUUCACCACCGACCAGAAUGCUCGGGUGAUGGUGCUUGCUGCGACGAAUCGUCCGUCGGAGCUUGAUGAAGCAAUUCUUCGACGUCUUCCUCAGGCCUUUGAGAUUGGGAUUCCUGAUCACAAAGAGAGGGUUGAGAUACUGAAGGUGAUUUUGAAGAAUGAGAAGAUUGAAAAGGACAUUGACUUUGACCACAUAGCUGGCUUGUGUAAUGGAUACACUGGUUCAGAUCUUCUUGAGCUCUGCAAGAAUGCUGCAUAUUUUCCCAUCAGGGAUCUACUUAAUGACGAGAAGAAUGGGAAGUCAUCUCCGGAACCAAGGCCAUUGUCACAAUUAGAUCUGAAGAAAGUUGUUGUCACAUCAAAAAAAACAUUGGUUGCCGCGAGUGAGUAUACCAGGUUAAGCUCGCGAUCACCGGGAUGGCCAAGUCAUGGGGAGCCAGAUGAUUACCAUGUCCAAGCUGCAAUCAGUGAGAUCUCUAAAGUGGAUGUGAUAGCCUGCGAUGUAAUUAAUCCAGACCACAUUGAUGUGGAGUUCAACUCCAUAGGAGGAUUGAAUACUAUCAAGGAAGCAUUAUAUGAAUUGGUGAUUCUUCCACUACGGAGACCUGAGCUUUUUUGUCACGGGAAGCUCCUUGGUCCACAAAAAGGUGUCUUGUUAUAUGGACCGCCUGGCACCGGAAAGACUAUGCUGGCUAAAGCUAUUGCAAAAGAGUCCAGGGCUGUUUUCAUUAAUGUAAGGGUAUCAAAUCUAAUGAGCAAGUGGUUUGGUGAUGCACAAAAACUUGGUGGGUGUAGUGGUUACUCUCUCUGCUUGGCCUAUAAACUACAGCCUGCUAUCAUUUUCAUCGACGAGGUGGACAGUUUUUUGGGCCAUCGGAAGACUACAGACCAUGAAGCAUUAACAAACAUGAAGACUGAGUUCAUGGCUCUAUGGGAUGGUUUCACCACCGACCAGAAUGCUCGGGUGAUGGUGCUUGCUGCAACGAAUCGUCCGUCGGAGCUUGAUGAAGCAAUUCUUCGACGUCUUCCUCAGGCCUUUGAGAUUGGGAUUCCUGAUCACAAAGAGAGGGUUGAGAUACUGAAGGUGAUUUUGAAGAAUGAGAAGAUUGAAAAGGACAUUGACUUUGACCACAUAGCUGGCUUGUGUAAUGGAUACACUGGUUCAGAUCUUCUUGAGCUCUGCAAGAAUGCUGCAUAUUUUCCCAUCAGGGAUCUACUUAAUGACGAGAAGAAUGGGAAGUCAUCUCCGGAACCAAGGCCAUUGUCACAAUUAGAUCUGAAGAAAGUUGUUGUCACAUCAAAAAAAACAUUGGUUGCCGCGAGUGAGUAUACCAGGUUAAGCUCGCGAUCACCGGGAUGGCCAAGUCAUGGGGAGCCAGAUGAUUACCAUGUCCAAGCUGCAAUCAGUGAGAUCUCUAAAGUGGUGGUUUCCCAAAUGUUGAACCUUCGGUCGGAUACCUCAAAUCCUUGA